CUCCUAAUCACUUCUCAGAGGGUGCCUUGGGACCAAGAGGCAGCUCAGCCAGCCUGAGACCGGGUCCUGCAUUGCCCCCUGCCCAUGUCUCACUCUGAGCCUGGCCACAGGGCCCCUACCACUGCCAGUAUCAGCCUUGAGGGCCAGAGAACUGGAGAUGCAGGGAUGGAAGAAUUCAAAACCCAGGUCCCCAACUGGGCCCCAGACCUGGAGGAAGAGGGGGAAACAGAUCCUUGGGCCCUCCCACAGCUGAAAGCUUCUGGCCAGUCAUGGAAAGAGCUAAACUGGGCAGGUCGGCUACGCCAUGUGGUCAUUGGUGUCUUGAAGGGCUUUGCACUCCUUGGCCUCCUCUACCUCUUCAUUUGUUCCCUGGAUAUUCUCAGCUCUGCCUUCCAGCUUCUAAGCAGCAAAGUGACUGGGGACAUCUUUAAGGACAAUGUAGUGCUGUCCAACCCUGUGGCUGGGCUGGUCAUUGGCAUCCUGGUCACUGUACUGGUGCAGAGUUCCAGUACCUCCUCCUCCAUUGUGGUCAGCAUGGUGGCCUCAAAGUUGUUGACCGUUCAAGCCUCGGUACCGAUCAUCAUGGGAGUCAAUGUGGGCACUUCUAUCACCAGCACCUUAGUUUCCAUGGCCCAGUCGGGUGCCAGGGAUGAAUUCCGGAGAGCCUUUGGUGGCUCUGCUGUCCAUGGCAUUUUUAACUGGAUGACAACGCUGGUGCUGCUGCCCCUGGAAAUUGUAGCCAGAGCUCUGGAGAAACUCAGUGGUCUGGUGGUGGGAUCCUUUACUCUCAGCCCUGGGGAACGGGCACCUGACAUCCUGAAGGUGCUAACACAGCCCCUCACCCACCUCAUUGUGCAGCUGGAUCCUAAUGCCAUCUCAGACAGUGCCACAGGCAACGUCACCGACAGCAUCAUCAAGCAAUGGUGUGGCACCGAGGAGACGACUGUGAAGCCUAUUCAAGUGAAGAACAUUAGUGAAUGCAGUACGAACUUCUGCUUCCCCUGCGGGGACCAGCUUUGCCAAGAGAGGAACGUCACAGUCAACAUGAAGCCUUGUCACCACCUUUUUGUGGGAUCAUCCCUUAAUGACCUGGCCAUUGGCUUCAUCCUCCUGGCUGGCUCUUUACUCGCCCUCUGCUCUGGCCUAGUCCUCAUUGUCCGCCUGCUCAACUCCAUUUUUCAUGGCCGGAUUGCCCAGGUCAUUCGAAAAGUCAUCAAUGCUGAGUUCCCUUUCCCCUUUGGAUGGCUCAGCGGUUACUUGGCCAUUGUGGUGGGUGCGGUUAUGACCUUUGUGGUCCAGAGCAGCAGUGUAUUCACUGCAGCUAUUGUUCCCCUGAUGGGAGUUGGAGUGAUUAGCAUGGAGCGGGCAUACCCCCUCUUCCUGGGAUCCAACGUUGGUACAACCACCACGGCUUUGCUAGCUGCUCUUGCCAGCCCUGCUGACAUGCUGCUCAGCGCUGUCCAGGUCUCACUCAUCCACCUGUUCUUUAACAUGGCUGGCAUUUUGCUGUGGUAUAUAGUGCCUGCCUUCCGCCUGCCCGUCCCCUUGGCCAAGAAGUUUGGGAACGUGACUGCCCGUUACCGCUGGGUGGCUGGUGUCUACCUGCUUUUCAGCUUCUUCCUGAUACCCUUGGCAGUCUUUGGGCUGUCAAUGGCAGGAGGCAUCGUGCUGGCAGGCGUAGGAGGGCCCCUGCUUGGGCUCCUAGCUUUGGUCGUUCUCAUUAACCUGAUGCAGCGGCACUGUCCCACCUGGCUACCCCCUUGCCUCAGAUCCUGGGCCUUCCUCCCCCUUUGGCUCCACUCCCUUCAGCCUUGGGACCGUGCCAUCACCAGCUGUUGCAAAUGCUGCCCUCGGGCCCAGGACCCACCUGCAGAUACCACAGUCAAGGAAGCCUACUGCUUCGAGAACCGUGUCGUCCUGGUCUCCCACAGACUAUGAAAAUCCAGGUUCUUAUUGCAGCCACACCGGGUCACCAGGCCUGAGGGAAGGGUGGGAAGGACAUGGAGAAGUGCCAAUCUCACCAGUGUGGGGUCCACUCAGGAUGGGCUCGGCAUGUGUACGGAUUCAUCCAAAAAGGCUGCUCCUUCUCACUUGGAGAGGUGAGCCCUGGACAGACCCAGGGCAGACUUCUAGGAUACUACAGUGUCGUAUUUCCACCACACGCAUCCCCAUCCCCAACAAACCUAUCCUUAGAAUCCCCUUUUAUUCUUACAAAAUAAAUGGUGCUCUAUCUCAUAUGCCCCUCUCCCCCCUCCCCAGGCUUCUGCUGUCCUGGCCCUACUGGCUCCAGGUUUGGGAGGCUAUUUAAACAAGAUUCACACCUCUAGACCACCAGUAGCUGAGUGAGAAAGGGACAAGCCUGGCUGAUGCUGCCCCUUGCUGGUCAAUUAGGGACUUUUCCAACUGUGUGAGUUAGAGAAGAAACAAAUCUGCAAUACUGCUGAGUCCUUGCUGUAUGUAGUAUGUAGCUGAUGGAUGACCCUGCCCCAGAAACUACCCAGAGUAGAGGCAGCCGCCCAGAGACACAUUCCCAUCCUCAGGAAUUCAUUGGUCCAAGGGGUCCAGAAGUGUGGAGUUGGAGAUGAUUGGGCAGGAACCUGUCUGGGACUAGUGCUACUGAGUGCGGCAAAUUCAAAUGUUCUUGGCUGGGAACAGUUUCCUGGGUAGGUCUAUGCAGUCCCAAGUUAGUAGGCUCUGAACCCAACAGAGAAAGGAAUGAGAGAGAGCCUUGGAAUCAGGAAUAGUUUCAUAUAUGAUCAUCAUAGGAUAAUCAUCAUCAAUCAAUAAACAUUGAUUAAAUGCUUACAAUGCACUGGGCGACUGUGUUAAGCAUUAAGAAUACAGGGGGGGAAAAGCAAAAAUAGUCCCUGCAUUGACACAUGUAUGGCUGACAUCUAUAUAAGAUUUUAAGGUUUACAAAGUGCUUGUAUCACUCGAUCCUUUUGACAACCCUAUGAGUUAAGUGCCAUAAGUGAUUAUCAUUAUUUCACAGAUGGGGAAAUUGAAGCUUAGAGAGGUAAUGACAACUCUCCUCAGAGGCAGGACUAAAACCCAGAUCUCUCUGGAUACCAAGCCCAGCCUUCUUUACAAUACAGACCCCAGGAUCUGCAAUUGGAAGAGGUUUUUAAAGACGAGUCAUUGUCAGAGAAUAAGUUCUAUAGAGAGGAAAUGACGUGUCCCAUUUUAUAGAGGUAGCACGUAGCGGAGCUGAGAUUCAAACUCAGGUCUUGAUUCCCAAAUCCAGAGCCCCUUCAACUAUUUCACUCUUGAUUCAGCACACUCUGACUAAAACCACCCAUCCUCUAAGACCCCACAUCAGCUCCUCUCUGAGCUCAGUUCUCUGCUCCUCCACUCAAGAAUCCCCCAUUUCUCCUUCAUGUGCAUUUUUACCUCAUCUCCCCAGCUACAUUUUUGGUUUCUCUGGCCUUGCUUCCCUCUCUACCUUUACAUUCUCUGACCUUCCCAUUGGGGGAGUCCCUCUGGG